AUGUCGCCCGAAAUGGCUUCGCAUGCACCUUUCUUCUCUGACGAUGCCAGUCGCGUAUGGCUGCCGAAGCGCGACCAUCGCACCAUAGGUUGGCCGCUGACUGACAGUCCCCUGCCACUCCUCGUGAUCACGGCCGCGUACGUGUACUUCGUCAAGGUGGCCGGUCCCCGCUGGAUGUCCCGGCGCAAGCCGUUCGAGCUGAAGGCCUGCAUCCUCGUCUACAACCUGUCGGCCACCCUCCUCAGCGCGUUCUUCGUGUGUCGUUUCGUGAAGCUCGCUUACUGGGACCUGGGCUACACCUUCCUGCAGGACCUGGAUAUGACCGACUCUCCAGCCAACCUGGAGAUCGUGCACUUGUCCUGGUGGUUUUACAUGUUCAAAGUCUUCGAGCUCGCCGACACCGUGUUCUUUGUGCUGCGUAAGAAGAACCACCAGGUCAGCGCGCUGCAUGUCGUGCACCAUGUGACCGUCGCCUGGAACAUGUGGCUGAACGUGGCCUAUGGAGGCCAGUCGCACGAGAUGUUCAUAAUGUGCCUGAACGCGUUUGUGCACGUGUUCAUGUACGCGUACUACUUCCUCGCGGCGCUCGGUCCAGCCUACAAGCACCUGCUGUGGUGGAAGAAGUACAUGACCAUGAUGCAGAUCUUGCAGUUUGUCCUCAUGUUUGUGCAGUCCGUCGGCAUGGUGUUUGCCGAGGGGAACUAUGUUGGCCUCUUCGUGUGGACUUUGGUGGCGCACGCGAUCCUGUUCUUCGUGUGGUUCGUCGUGUUCUACAUUCAAUCUUACUCCAGGAAGAAGCAGUAGGUCCAUGCACCGUUCCGUCAGUGAACAAGCACGCUGUUUUUUUUUUCUUUAAGUUUCUUGAACUUAAGUUAUUUGGGCUACUUUGAAAGUAAAGAGUGCCUGAGAUUUUCCGAAAGUGUGUUCUGUGUUGCGCUGUACCAGUUUUAGAGUGUUGAAGAUACUUUUUU